AUGCCUCCAGUUUCCUCCAAGGUUACAGUUUUCUUCGACCUUGAUGGCACUUUGUUCGAUCAUCACCACUCACUCAGCUGCGGUAUUUCAGCGAUACGUCAAAAGUAUCCCGCCCUUGCGAGCUUCGACUUGACAAGUCUCAUCACUCAGUACAACACAUCGCUUCAAUCAGCCUACGACGAGUAUCUCCAAAAGAUCAUAACGUAUGAGGAAACCGAUUACAGGAAGGUCCGGUUAUUCUUUCAGGGUUUAGGCCUCGAUGUCCCAGACGACGCAAAGAUUGCCGAAUUGCGGGACAUCUAUAGACCAGCUUAUCGCGGCAGCCGAAGAGCGACGCCGGGAAGUAUCGAGACACUUGUAUGGCUGCGGAAGAAAGGUGUCUGUCUGUGUAUAAUUACAAAUGGUCAAGCAAAGGACCAACUAGAGAAGGCGACAGCCAUCGGGGUGCAGCAUCUUGUAGAUUACAUGAUCACUUCAGAAGAAGCAGGUUGCUGUAAGCCAGACAAGGGUAUCUUCCGACUCGCCAUCGACGCUUUCGGCUGUUGUCUCAGCGAGACCUAUAUGGUUGGUGACUCUGUAGGGUCCGACAUUAGGGGGGCGCUUGACAUCGGUAUAAAUCCCAUCCUCUUUUCGCCAAUUUCAACAGAAAGCCACCUGACAGUCAGCGGGAAGACGGUACCCAUUAUACACAACAUGUCUCAACUCGUCGGGAUGAUUGAGGUAUCUCUAGGGAUGCUUGACUGA